UAAAAAAUUUUUGCAGUGCGACUAGUAUGGCUAUCGAUAAACAGUGAAGUCUACAAGCCAUUGCGGUAGAAGUGAUUUGCAUUUGCUAAUCUUUUUUGUGUAUCAGCUGUUUUUCUACGUUAAAGAAGGUUUUGCGUUUGGCCUGUAUGGCCAGGUAUCCUCAGUUUAUUAGCUUCUAUAAUUUUGCUUGAAAUUUGUUUUCCGUACGAAAAUUUUGGUAUAAGAACGCGCGUUGGAAAACACGGCUAUUAUUCCACUUCCGAAUUAUUUUAGAGUUCAGAAAUUUGUAGGAUGGAGCGAAACUCUCACUGAUGUCAUUAAAAUAACGUUAAAUCGUGGACGUUAGUUACCAAAUGUACUUUUUGUAAACUCAGUGAAAGUACGAGGAAUGUCAGACUUUUCGGCGUUAAAAUUUUACACAAACUAAGAACUGAGCGUGGUUAGUCUUGGCCUCGUUAACUACUGUUUUUCGAACACGCUUCAAGACGGGUUUCACCGACUAGUUGCCAAGUAGUACCAUUUAGCGUUGAACACUGUUUUAUAACACUAUAAAUAUGGCGAGGAAAGCAGAAUGGGAAGCUAACGAAGAGUUAGAAUAUUUUCGAGAAUAUCUGCGCAUUCCAAGUGUACAUCCAGAUCCUGAUUAUAAACCAUGUGUGACUUUCCUAAAACAACAAGCCAAGCUACUAGGUCUUCCAAUUCAAGUACACUAUCCAGUUAAUGAUCGCAAUCCGGCAGUGAUAUUAACAUGGCUUGGCAAGGAACCCUCAUUGCCAUCCAUACUUUUGCACUCACACAUGGAUGUAGUGCCUGUAUUUCCGGAUAAUUGGUCCCACCCGCCAUUUGGCGCUGAAAUAGAUGAUGAGGGUCGGAUAUUUGCACGCGGCACACAAGAUAUGAAAUGUGUUGGUAUGCAAUAUCUGGGUGCAAUACGGGCUCUCAAGAAGAGCGGUGCAAAAUUUAAGCGUACAAUACACAUAUCGUUUAUCGCAGAUGAGGAAAUGGGUGGUCGCUAUGGCAUGCGUCCAUUUGUACACACCGCCGAGUUUAAGAAUUUAAAUGUUGGAUUUUCCCUCGAUGAGGGUCUGGCAUCACCCACCGAGGAGCUGCCGGUAUUCUAUGCCGAACGUAGCGUGUGGCGUAUAUAUUUUCAGAUUUCGGGCACAGCUGGACAUGGUUCAUUACUCUUGAAGAAUACAGCUGGUGAGAAACUGAAUUAUAUUGUCAACAAAAUGAUGCAUAUGCGUGCGCAAGAGCUCCGAAAAUUGGAAAAUAAUCCUGUUUUGACCAUCGGUGAUGUCACCACCAUCAAUUUAACACGUGCUGGUGGUGGAGUACAAAGUAAUGUUGUACCGCCAUCGCUGAUGGUUUGCUUCGAUGUGCGUUUGGCGAUUGACGUGGAUCAGCAUGAGUUUGAAAAUAAGCUUCAUCAAUGGUGCGCAGAUGUUGGCGGUGGUAUUGAACUUGAAUAUGAGCAAAAACGUCCACGCGUCGCGCCGACAGCCACGGAUAAAAGUAAUCCAUUUUGGGUUGCUUUUAAAAGCGCAGCGGAUGAGCUGGGCUUAAAAAUUUCGAAACAAAUCUUUGCCGGUGGCACUGAUAGUCGUUAUAUAAGAGAAGUUGGUAUACCAGCUUUAGGUUUUUCGCCUAUGAAUAACACACCAGUACUAUUACACGAUCACGAUGAAUUCAUAAAAGCAGAUACUUAUUUACGUGGUAUUGAGAUUUAUAAGAAAAUUAUACCAAAAUUAGCUGAAGCUUGAGUUACUUUUACUAUUAUGUGUUUAUGUAUAUAAAGUGUAUUACGAGUAUUUACUUGAA